CCCAGUUUUUAUGAAAUAAAUAUGGCGGACGCAGAAACAGUAGAGAUGGAAGUAAGCCUAUUCCAUGCAAUGAGAGGACACAAGCCUGUUGGUGUAAAUCGACAUUUCCAGAUGCUUGUCAUCCAUGACAAACUUAAUAACUCCUUUAGCAGAAAAGUUACAUCCAAGCAGAUUUGGAAUCGACUGAUCACAAUGUAUGACCUGACAGCGCUGAAUGAAUCGGAGAUCUUGCCAUUUCCCAACAAAGAGAUAGACUUUGUCCUGCCAGAGGAAGAUUUCUCAGACGUUGUACAGAAGGAGUUUCCACGAUCACAAUCUACCGCACAGAAGUCCCAGGACGACAGUAAAAGUGACAAGUCUGAUGCUUCAUCUAAGGACACUCACACAUCAGUUUCCAAGCAAACAAAAGCAGAAAAAAAUGAAUCCAAGCCAGAAAACAAACAUACCAGUAACUUAAUACAUGGAAACACGCCUGAAAAUUCUCCAAAACGGAAACGUACGAGGCAGACCCAUUCUACACAUACCAGCCCUGCAACUCCGGAGGUUCCCAGUAAACGUAGACGAUGACAGGGAAUAUUAACUGUGUAAAUGAGACUAUCUGUAUAAGAGUAUUGUAAAUAAAAGAUACGAAUGAUUGUAUGAUUGGGUGAUGAGAAUAUGGUUUGUGAUGAGAAUUGGGCAUUGAUGAACGCCAUGUGAAUGUUGAGAAAAAGUGGUAUGAUAUAAUGAGACAUGAGAAAAGUGAACACUUCGUGUGAGAAAAAUAAAAAAGAAUAUGAGUGAUUGUAAGUGUGGGUGAUUAGUGAGAAUGGUACAGUGAGCAUGUUUAUGUGAUGAGAAUAUGGUUUGAUAAAAAUUGAGGUGUGAGAUGUGCAUAAUGAUGACAAUAUGUUGAAACAUAAGAGAUGUGAGAUGGAAAUAGCGGAAUCUGAGAGGUGUGUGAAAUGUUAAUAUCUUGGCCUUCAUUAAAAAGAAUACCUCUUCCUUCUUGGAAGAGAAAAAGACAACUUUUUCAGUUAUUUUCAGAAAAAAAUGAAUAAAAAAUACUGAAA